CAUUGAAGAUCUCUUCAGAAAGUAUUUGCUGUAAAAUUGCAUUGUAUUUUUGCUUAUUCUAUAAGCAUACCUAUUUUGAAGAAAGACUUAUACAUUUUUAAAUUAUCUUCUAUCUCUUGUACUGUUGAACAAAACUUUAAAGAUGCAGAAGUAUUUUGGAGUAGUGUGCAUAUCACUAAUUUUGUGUGCAGCUCUGUCAGAAACAAUUGGAUUAGUGAUUGCGGCUAAAGAGAAGCGAGGGUGGACACUAAACAGUGCUGGCUACCUUUUGGGUCCCCACGGCAUUGACGGUCACCGCACCCUCAGUGACAAGCAUGGCCUUGCUGGAAAGAGAGACAUGCCCCUGGACGAUGACUUCAAAUCAGGUGCUUUGAGAAUAGCAGAUAAGGAUGUAAUACAUACUGUCAUUGACUUCUUAUCAUACCUGAAACUUAAAGAAAUCGGGGCUCUGGAUACCAUACCUUCCUCUCUCACAUCAGAAGAGAUGGGUCAGCCCUAG